AUGUCACCUGACGAUGAAUUAACGUUGCCAUUAGAGGCUGAUGAUGCGAAUCAGGAGAGAGAUCCACCACUUUGGCGAGUAUUGCAUGAGCUAGCAUCCUCAAAUCUUGAUUUUUUUUCAAAACAUCUGGACGAAAAUGGUUUACGGAUACACGCUGCACACAUUGUUAUACUUGACAAUUACAAUGAAUUUCGUGAAUUGUACAAAGAAAUAUCAGAUAUUGCACCACAGUUUGACUUUGAUGAAAUUACACCAGGUAAUGGAUACCGAAGUUUUCUCAAACUUGUUGACCAAUGCUUACUGCACACUGGUGGAGUAUGCAGGCAUAUUUUUUCCUACAAAGAUUCUGUACUUUUUAGAAAAUCUAAUUAUAUGAGAGAAAUAGAAGCUUGUUCACAAUUAAUUGUAGCUCUUAAAACGUUUUUACAUCAUUUAAAGACACUUUACAGUUGGAGCGAACUAGCAAGUGAUGGUAAAUUGUCAUUAUUUCCUUCGGAUGAACAUAGCCCUCAAGAACUAUUAAAUCAGGCUGGAAAUAUCGAUCAAUAUUGCUUCUAUGGAAGAUGUUUAGCUUUCCAAUUUGUAGACAGUAUUAAAUACGUACUCAAAACAUUGCUGUCAUCCAUGGCAACUUUCAGUGAAAUUUAUUACUCUAAUGGAUCCUUACUCAAUAGAUGUACUCAAUCGGUUAAAUACUUUAUUGAUCCAGAGGCACGUGCUCGUCGAGUUGUUAAUAUUUCUCAACGCGCUGAAGUGGAUUUUUGUAAAUCAUUUUGGAUGCUUAAUGAAGCUGACAUAGUUCAAUUUGUGCCAUUAAUGUUAAUGCCUUCGUUGCCAAUAAAUCAAGUGAUAUCAAUCCCUCCAGAAGAAUUAACAUUGCCAUCAAUUGAUGGUACUGAUGUAAAAAUACCUAUUCCGAAUAGCCAUAUAGGAAAAAAACCGAUCCACGUGAGAUUAUUGAGUGCAAAGCGCAGAAUAGGAAUGGUUGGAUCCGCUCGUGCAAGUGGAGAAUUGUUCGGAUCGUCAGAUGUACUCUUAUUCCACUGUCAUGGUGGUGGUUUCGUAGCACAAACUUCAAAGUCACACGAGCCGUAUUUGCGUAGUUGGGCAAUAGAACUUGAUGCACCAAUAUUGAGUGUUGAUUACAGUUUAGCACCUGAAGCUCCCUAUCCACGAGCUAUCGAGGAAGUUGUUUAUUCCUAUGCUUGGGCAUUAAAGCAUGCUAGUUCAUUAUUAGGAAGUACUGCUAAAAAAAUAAUCGUAAUUGGUGAUUCAGCAGGUGCUAAUUUAAAUCUAGCAUUGACUACUAAAUGUAUAGAGAUGAAUAUUCGUAAACCAGAUGGCAUUUUUAUGGCUUACGUACCAGUGCUAGUGGAAUUUGUACCGUCACCUUCAAGAAUGCUUGGAUUGACUGAUCCACUGUUACCAUUUGGAUUUAUGAUGCGCUGUUUAAAGGCUUAUACACUUGGUGAUACUCGAACUUGUGUAAAAGAUAAAGAAGCUGAUAUUGAAUCAACUCCUUCUGACACAGAUUCAUUCGCUGAAGUCAGUGAGAGUGAUCUUAUUGCCUUAGCAUUAAGUCCAAAUGGAGACGAAGCGGGAAGCAAAAAUAAACUAGCAUCAUUACCGUCUGAUUCAACAUUAAAUUCAGUUAGUUUAGUUGACGUUGACGCUACUCAGGUGCCUCAAGCUAAUUCAACAACUGAAUCAUCACAGGAUUACAUUCAAAGAUUUUUUGACUUUUAUAAAAAUGCCGCAGCACGGCUUUCUCCAUCAUCGGCAAAUAGUGUUGCUAAUAAUUAUGAUAAUUAUUCUGACAGUAAUACGUCAGUUGGUUUCUUUGGCUUAUCAUUUAAUAAAAGUAAUCAGAAAUUACGUGAACUAGACGACGAAGACUCUAAAAGUCCAAGUGAAGAAUUUGUUUUUACUGUUCCACGUGAUCCUUUACUAAGUCCUUAUCGGUCAUCUGAUGAUUUACUACGUAAAUUACCACCAACUAAAAUAUUGACUUCAGAAUUUGAUCCUUGUCUGGAUGACUGUGUUAUGUUUGGACGUAAAUUAAAACAACUUGAUAUUGACGUUUCAUUAGACAUUGUAAAAGGGUUGCCUCAUGGAUUUUUAAGUUUAUCCGUGAUGUCUAAAGAAGCUCUCGAAGGAUCGGAGUUAUGUAUAAAACGAAUUAAGCAAUUAAUGAAUAUGUAA